AAAUCCAAAAUUCCAGAUAUGGAAACAAAAAGCCGAAAAGAAAAUCCAUUAAUUGGGCCCACUGUGGGCCCUCACAACACAGCAGCCAGCCAUAUGGCCCAUUUCCAAAUUUGGCCGGCCCAUGACUCUUUCCACCUCGCUUCAAAAGGCUCCUCCUAUUUUUACUUCCAACUCUUCAUUUGGAGUUUGUCUCCACCUCCACCCUAAUCACCAUCACCACUUCCACGGUUCCACCACCGUCACCACAACCAUGCAGCAAUGUGUCGAUGACCUCGUCAACGAUAUAGACAACCUUCACCUUGAGUAUGCUUCUAACGGGGCCGCUGACAUGACCAUUACUGUCGAAACAAAUCAUAGCACAAGUUCGAAUUCUGGAACCGCCAUACGGACCACUUCAAGCCACAUAACAUCCACCACCAAACCCCACGCGCCGCCACGCGAUCCAUGCUGGGAUGCGAUCCAAUUCAAGAAGUCUGAUGGCAAGGGGCUCAGCCUCGAUAACCUCGGCCUCCUGCGCCGCCUUGGGAGCGGCGACAUAGGGAAUGUGUACCUUGUGGAGUUGGAGGGUAGUGAUGGGUGCAUGUUUGCUGCCAAAGUGAUGGACAAGGAGGAGUUGGCGUUUAGGAACAAAGGAAAUAGGGCAAGGGUAGAGAGGGAAAUAUUGGAAAUGUUGGAUCACCCAUUUUUGCCCACGCUCUACGCCUGGUUGGAGUCCGAUAAAUGGUCUUGCUUGUUGACCGAGUUUUGUCCCGGCGGCGACCUCCAUGUCCUCCGCCAAUGCCAACCGGACAAACGUUUCCGUGAAGCUUCCGUCCGAUUCUAUGCAUCGGAAGUAGUUGCAGCUCUGGAGUACCUCCACAUGAUGGGAAUAAUAUACCGUGAUCUCAAGCCCGAAAAUGUACUCAUAAGAUCAGACGGCCAUAUCAUGUUAACCGACUUUGAUCUCUCAUUAACAACCACCGAUUCAACAUCAACGGCUCAGAUUGUUUCUGAUCGAGAUCCACCAGUCACCAACCGUGCCGAUGAUCCCAACAAGCUAAACUUUGGCAUGUCAUCAUGCAUCCUACCAAGUUGUAUGGUCUCGCCCGCACCAUACACAAACCCGAAACAAAAACGCAAAAAGAAAUCCGGCCACCGCAGGGCCCUCGAGAUCGUGGCGGAGCCUGUCAACGUCCGAUCGAUGUCAUUCGUCGGGACCCAUGAGUACUUGUCGCCGGAGAUUGUAUCAGGCGAAGGGCAUGGCAAUGCAGUAGAUUGGUGGACUUUAGGUGUGUUCAUAUUUGAAAUGUUCUACGGUGUGACACCGUUCAAAGGAACUAACCAUGACGUAACCCUAGCCAAUAUUCUGGCUCGAGCACUUGAGUUUCCAAAGGAGCCCACCGUGCCCGGGCCCGCCAAGGAUUUAAUCGCACAACUUUUGAUCAAGGACCCUUCAAGGAGAUUGGGGUCCACAAUGGGUGCAACAGCAAUCAAACACCAUCCAUUUUUCAAUGGGGUCAAUUGGGCACUACUAAGAUGCAAUACCCCACCCAACAUUCCCCGGGCGGUUGCUUGCCGGGACUUUGCCCAGGCCGAGAAACGCAAGGACAAUUCGGUAGAAUAUUACUAGUCAGAUAAUAAACUCUAGUUUGUUUCAAAGCAAUUGUGAUAUAAAAUUUCAAAUAUACAUGUAGCUGGAAUUUUAUUUUGUGAAUUUUAAUUUGAACAAUGUCAAA